AUGAGUAAUGUUGUCGAAGAGAAAGCGCUUAAGGGCGAGUGGGAGAAGAUAUCGAACAAAUGCUUCGAGAUACAAGAGGACAUGGUUAUGACAUUCGAUGGUCGCUCUUGUAAUAUUGCUGAUAGCGAUGGCAAUCUUGUCCCAGGCGGGAAUCUUGGCCCUAUGGAUGGACAAGUUAUGAGGACCGUGAAAGCUGGCUAUAGAUGCUACAUCAUGCGAGCAAUGCGAUACUUUAACCUGUCUAACGUCCCGGAUCACCGAGACCCAGCAUAUUGGAGGCGUUACACACUCGAGAAUACCCCAUCCUGA